CUGACACAGGACAGGUUUGAUGCCAGGGUAAUCCUAGCUAGCCAAGUCUGCUAUCAACAUGCUGACUUCAGCCACUCUGUGUGCUCUCUUCCCUCUGCUCUCUCUGGCCCAUGCAGACGUUGUGGCCCGCUUUGAGGAUGUGCCAGAGUGCAUGCGGUACUUCUACCAGGGCAAGGUUCCAGAGUGGGGGGCGGCAACACCUGGUGUAGUCCGUCUCUGCCAGCGUUUUGUCAACAGGUAUCACUUUGCUACGCUGUAUGACACCAACCAACGCAUCGCUGUAUACUCUGCCUACCGUUUCCAGCCCAGCAAUGGUGGUGGCAGGGAGAAACAGUGGUUUGUGGAACCUCAGUUGGUCAACUUGACCUGGCAAGCAGAGAUGAAAGCUGCCUACUGGCUGAGCAAAGACCACCCCGGGGUCUACCUGGGGGAGAGACAGGCUCUCAAUGAGGACUACACAAACUCUGGCUUUGACCGUGGUCACCUCAACCCCAAUGGACACCAUGCAGUCCCUAGCCGUAAUGCAACCUUCACCCUGACCAACGUCGUUCCCCAGAACCACAAACUGAACCAGAACGCUUGGAGGAUUUACGAGUCCCACCUUACCAACCUUUUCCAGGCCAGUUGCUCCCACAGCUAUGUUCUGGUUGGCGCUGUCCCAUCUGAAGAUAACUGGAUCGUCAAAAACAACGUGAAGCGGGUCAACAUCCCUGACUAUCUGUGGAAUGCCUACUGCUGCGUGGACAACAACGGCAGGCCCGUUCAGAGCGGUGCUGCCACGGCCCGCAACACGGAGGUCAACUUGGUGGAGGAGCUUUCUCUAGAUGGACUUGGGAAGUUUCUCCAGCAGUUCACCAACCAACCCAUGGGCGAGCUGUUUCACAACAACUGCAAGGCAUAAAAGAGCCGCACAAGGAAAGACAGGGGACAUUAUUCUAGGUUAGCCGCUAGAAUAAGGAGACCUUGAAAAUGGCUUGUCAUACAGAAUACAGUGUGGGAAAGUAGUUGGAAGUGUACUUUUAGCUUGAUACUUUCGAUGGAGUGUAGACUACCAUCAAAAAGUGUGGAGAUUGAUGCCCCACCUAUCACUGUACAACCACAAAUAAAUGAAUAAAAUGAAGUUGCAG